AUGAGUAGCUCCGUCGGCGGCUCCGGACGCUCGACGUGGAGUGGGAAGCCGCUGGACGCCACGGUCGCCGGAUCAGGAUACGGCGGCACUGCCUUGCCGCCGAGUGGCCCCCAUCACAGGGGGCGCGGUCGGACCCGCUCGGCAGCAACUCCACCGCCUACUGCGGCGGACGGGGCCACCAACCCCGCGGCCGCCGACCUCGCGUCCCCCGCCAACCCCGCGGCCGCUGCCCCCACCGCGCCCGCCGUGGCCGCCCCCGCUGACCCCGCCUCCACCACCUUGCCCGCCUCCGCUGACCCCGCGCCCACCGCGGACGCCACUAGCACGGCCUCCGCGACCCCCGCGACCGCCUCCACCGCCGACGCCACCACCACGGCGGCCGUCCCCGCCGUCGACACCACCACCGCGACCAUCCCCACCGUCACUGCCCCUGCCCAGUUUGAAGAAUUUGGUGUUAAAUUAGUUCAGUUAGAUCAAUUUGCUGAUGUUUAG